AUGGAAACAAAUUACUAAAAAGAAACCAAAAGACCUUAAUAAAGUAUAUGUUAUUUUCUAUAAUAGUACUUAAAAUGGCAAAACUUAACAAUACUUACAAAGAACCAGAAGACACUUAUGAGCCAAAAAGAAGAGUAAAAAAUUAAAGUACAUUUUAUACAUUUAGUUUUAGUACAAUAAUUAAACGAAGAUUCUUCGACGUUUAAUGGAAUGGAAUAUUUUGAAAGCUAAUAAUAGAAGUUACCAUAAGAACAAAAAGAAAAGACUCCUGAAAAAGCAGAAAGUGUGUCAUCAAUUUUAGCUAAAGGAUCAUUGAGGGAAAGAUUCUCUAAUCUUCAUUUGAUCACUUCAAUCGAUAAAAUGUUAAUGUAUAGUAAAUAUUCAAAUUUGUGUCACUUUUUUAAAGAAAUAGAUGAAAUGCUUUUAUUUCUUCAAAGUUAAUAAAAACCGCCAUUCUUAAAUACAAUUUAUGAAUUAUUGAGCCAAAAUUCAAAAAUUAAAGUCACCUAAUAAAUAAUUCAAUAAAUAUUGGAAAUCUAUCCUAAUGCUUAUGAUGUCAAUUGGUCAUUAAAUGAAAAAUUAAUACAAUUAGAUAGAAGUGAUUUAAUCAUCAGAGCAAAUAUUAAGUCUCAUGUUUAGUUGGGGGAACGUCUCCAUUAUUUCAAACAAUUAAUGUUUGACUAUAUAUAAAAAAAUGGAGAAUAAAUUGGUUUAGCAAUUUUACCCUAAAACACAAUUUAAUAACAAUCCCAAAUUAAAACAUAAGUAUAAAAUGUCUUAACCAAAUAAAUAUAAUAAUAACCUUAAAAACAUGAAAUCUAAAGUUAAGUAUCGAAAGAACCAACUUAUUCAAAAGUCAGUUAAAUUUUAAUAGAGAAAUUAAAAUAAAAAAAGAAACUAGAAAUUAUUCAAACUGAUCAUUUAGCACCAAAAAAAUAAUUAAUUGCUCUAUCCUCUUUAAUUCAUUAAUAUUAUCUUGUAAGGGAUGUUUCAAAUAUGUUUUUAUUAAAUGUUGUGAAAUAUGCUCUAAAUAGUCUUAAGCAAUUUAUGCUUGAUGAAAAUUAAUUAAAAAAUUUUAUUGAUUAACUAAUAAAAUUAUGUCCACAUUGGAUUAAAUUGAUUGAUAAUUAAAGUGGCACAAUCUUGAGGAUGAAUAAGGAAAUAGAUUUACCAUCUAUAAUUAGAUCAAUUGAACAAAUGUGA